AUGACUUCAGUGCGCCCCUCAUACCUCAUCGUGGGUGCAGGUGUCUUUGGUGUUUCCACCGCAUACCAUCUCAUUCUGAAGUACCCCGAUGCAUCAAUCACCCUCGUGGAUCGAGAUGCGUACGACGCAGAGUCCCGUGUGGCCGCAUCGUGGGACUGGAACAAGGUGGUUCGGGCGGACUACGACGACAAGGUCUACUGCAAGCUAGCCCUGGAGGCCCAAGAGAUCUUCAAAUCAGACCCUCUGUGGCAGCCACACUUCCACCAAACGGGAGUCUACUGGACAUGCCGCAGCGACUACGCACAGAAUGUCAUCACCAAUCACCAAGAGCUCGGGCGCCAUGAGGACAUCAUUGCGCUCCCGGUCGCGGAGGCCCGGAAGCUGUAUGGCGGAGUCUUCGACAACGCUGACUAUACCGGCGUCAAGGAAGUGCUGGUGAACAAGGCCAGUGGCUGGGCCGCGGCUGGAGACUCGCUGCGGGCAGUAACCAAGCGAUGUCUGGAGCUGGGAGUUCGAUAUGUCACGGCAUCUGUCACUAACUUGGAAUUCGACGGGCGAGGCGCGUGCACCGGUGUGGCCACCAAGUCAGGGCAGAUUAUCUCCGCCACUCAUGUGGUCGUCGCCGCUGGCGCCUUCACGCCGACUCUUCUGGAGUGGAGUGCGGCCAAGAGUGGCAAUGCGGGGCUCCGCGCGGGGGAGCGCAUCCUGGCCGCGGGAAUUACGACGGGCAUGGCCCAGCUCAAUGACGAGCAGUAUGCCAAAUAUAAAGAUAUGCCAGUUGGCUUCCAGGGGUAUACGCCAGAGGAAGGCAAACCCUUCAUUGGCAGCAUUCCGCCCAACAAAGACCGCGAGAUGAAGUGGUGGGGAUCAAAGAUCUUCACCAACACCCGAGAAGUGCUCCCAGGCCGCCAUCUCUCGUCGCCGCCCCCAACACAUGACUAUAACCAGUGGAAAGUCCCGGGGCCUUUGAAGCAAGAUAUCAUCGAAUCCCGAAAUCUCUGGUACGGGCCUGAGAGCGCAACGUGGAAGAUGACCAAGCACAGAAUCUGCUGGGACGCGUUCACCACGACUUCCGACUUCAUCAUUUCUCCGCACUCCGCCUCCCGAGGACUCUAUGUGGCUUCCUGUGGCUCGUUCCAUGGAUAUAAGUUCUUCCCCGUCCUGGGAAAAUACAUUACUCAAAUGCUAGAAGGCGAAUUGGCACCGGAACUCGUCGAGAAAUGGGCAUGGGACCGGCAACGGCCUGAUUCCUCUGAGAACGUGGAAUACCCCAACUCAGAGAUGAGACAUCUGUUGGAACCGGCUGUGAAAUUAUAG